AUGCUUGUGCAGUUUACUAGGCGACAAAUUGCUCAUCUCAUCAAACCAGUGCCAUUAUUUGACAGGGGCUCCCUUGUGGGGAUUCCUAUUGUUCCCCCAACAUAUCCGAUUCGAUUGCCCAUUACGACCAUGGCAGAGCUCGGGGACAGAAAAAUGGAGGGCACAAUUGUGUAUUCUGUUGUGGGCAGGCUUCACUAUGGCUUCGAUAUAUUUUCUCUCGACCUACCCCACACCCUUUCUCCUCAGUCACAACCCAAAUUCCCCAAUUACAACAGACUCACCGACGGAAGAUCUGUAAACUAUAAUGGCCAAUUCGUCACUCCCUCCGACGCUAAGAUUCUCCUCCGCGGAGCAACCCUUCCGGCAACAGAUUCAAAGCCACACUGCGAAGAGGAAGAACAAGAAAUGCUCGUUUAUGUAUCAGAGAGAACCGGAAAUGCCAGGCUCUAUUUCAGCUCUGCAAAGGCAAUCGACAGGCCCGUUUUGGGUCCACUGAAGGGCACGGUGAAUGAUUCCGAGCACCCUCCAUUCUUCUUCGACAGGCCCGUGGUUAAAAACGGGAGGGCCUACUUUGUGUCUGCUCAAGAGCCUCCGGACAGACUGCUCAAGAGCUGGUGUGCAGUUUAUGGUACAUGCCUUAAAACUGGCCAGACAAUUCGCCUUACUCCUCCCGGAGUAGUGGAUUACAGCCCCGCCGUGUCUCCUUCAGGGAAUUGGACCAUGGUGGCUUCCUACGGGUCAAAAGACUGGGAGAGAGACCAGAUUCAGGACCUCCACACCGAUCUCUAUGUUUUCAAGGCCGAAGAUGGGUCAUGCAGGCGGAUGGUUGCAGAGCAAGGAGGCUGGCCCAGUUGGGCGGAUGAGAAUACUGUGUAUUUUCACAGAAGAGCAGAAGAUGGGUGGUGGAGUAUCUAUAGAUUGAACCUUUUGGAUGAACCCAUUAAACCAGAACGCAUUACUCCACCGUCUGUGGAUGCCCUCACCCCCUGUGCUUCUUCCACGGGUAACUGGAUAGCCGUUGCCACACGCAGACCAGAGAACAAAUUCAGGCAUAUCGAAAUCUUCGACCUACAGUCGAAAUCUUUUAUACCGGUCACAGCGUCCAUCAGCCCGGGCAUUCAUCACUACAAUCCUUUCCUCUCCCCAGACUCUCUUAAACUGGGUUUCCACAGAUUCAGGGGCGAAGAUGCCCAGGACGCCGACACGGUUGUUCCGGUCUUAGAACGUGUGGAAUCCCCAAUUCCGAAGCUGAAAUUACAGAGGAUAAACGGUUCGUUCCCGGCGUUUUCUCCAGAUGGGUCUCUGAUAGCCUUCAAUCGGACUAUUGGUGUCCCGGACGGUGGAGUUCACGUGGUGAAGGCGGACGGAUCGAAGCAAUGGCAGCUGUUCAAAGGCCCUGCUUUUGCAGUUGCUUGGAAUGGCAAACAACAAGGCCUCCUGUAUGCCUCUGUUGGCCCUAUCUUCGCAUCCCAUCAAUCUACAGUCCAUGUUAUCUCCAUCCGCUUUAAGCCAGAGGAAUUAGGGGAAGAAUUUCAGGUGAAAUCGGAGGUGAGAGUUCUGACAAAAGAAGGCACCACCAACAAUGCAUUUUCCUUUUCAUCUCCAGAUGGAAAACAAUUGGUGUUCAGAUCGGGGCGAUCCGGGCACAAGAAUUUGUACAUAAUGGAUGCAGAGGAAGGGGAGGAAGGAUGGAUUCGACCCCUAACCCAAGGCCCCUGGCUUGACACCAUGCCCUGCUGGUCUCCCGACGGCCAAUGGAUUGCUUUCUCCUCUAACAGACAUGAUCCACUGCAGGAGGUGUAUUUCAGCAUCUAUUUAGUUCAUCCGGAUGGAACAGGGCUACACAGAGUGCCGGGUUGCGAAAAGGAAAGGAUCAACCAUGUGUUCUUCAGCCCCGAUUCGAAAAGCUUGCUGUUUACUGCCAAUUUUUGUGGGGUGUCGACGGAACCCGUUUCUCUGCCCAAUCAAUUCCAGCCUUACGGAGAGCUUUUUGUGUCUGCUUUGGAUGGAAGUCAUCUGCAGAGGCUAACGUUCAACGCUUAUGAAGAUGGGACUCCAGUGUGGCACAAGGGUUCCAGUGAUAAUGAAUUAGAUUUAAAUUCACUGAGUUUAGGGGGUAAUAGAAUGUCUGGAGAGAUGCUCAAGGGUGAAUUUGAUGAACCUCUCUGGCUUGCAAAAUCGUAG